AUGUUAGUGCGAAAUACAAAUGGUAGCAAACUUGAUUUCCUCGGAGAAAAUCUUGGAUUCACAUCGAGAAGUCUUGAUUGCUCCACUUUGAAAAGAAUUGGACUUAUCGAUACGGGAGAAAAUUUCGUAAUAGGUUGUGAUGCUAUUAAUAACUUGCGGAACUCUAUCUGCAUAUCCACCGGUGAUAUACGCAAAGACGAUCACGAAGCAUCGCAUGCUUUUGCUACAAUCUAUCGCAAUCACAAAUUGUUUGUUGGUUCAAGGCAAUACAACACCUACAAAUCAACAAAAAUUCUUGUCCAUAAAAGUGUGUGGCUUCCCACUGCUAGAGAGAGAGAUAAUCUUAUGAUAGAAGGCAACAAGGAAAUUCCUGCUCCUUCUCCUUGUGUUGAGCAAAUAGCCCCAGCGGAAGAAUCGCCUGUAAUGAGUGGGACUGUAAUCGGAAAGGUCGGUUGCCAUAAUGAUCACAAAUAUUCGUAG